UGGGCAGCCUGUUCCAAUGCCUGAUCUCCCUUUCAGUGAAGAGAUUUUUCCUCAUACCCAAUCUAAAUAUUCCAUGACAAAACUUGAAGCUAUUCCAUGUUACCCGGUCUGUUGUUACCUGGGAGGAGAGACUGACCCCUGCCUGGCUACAUCCUCCUUUCAGGUGCUUGUAGAGAGUGAUAAGUUCACCCCUGAGCCUCCAUUUCUCCACACUAAACAAUGCCAGUUCCCUCACCUGCCCCUCUAAACCCUUCAGCAGCUUUUCCCUUCUCUGGAUACGCACCUCGAUGUCCUUCCUGAACUUAGGGACCCAGAAAUGGACACAGGACUCAAGGCAGCCUCACCAGUGCCAAGUACAGGGGGAUAGUCACUGCCCUGAUCCUGCUGGCCACACUAUUGCUGACACAGGCCAGGAUGUCGUUGCCCUUCUUUGCCACUUGGGCACACACUGGCUCAUGUUCAGCUGCUGUCAAACAGCAUCCCCAAGUCUUUUUCUGCCAGGCAGCUUUCCAGCACUCUUCCCCCAGCCUGUAGUGAUGCCUGGAGUUGUGACGCAAAUGCAGCACCUGGCACUUGACCUUGUUGAACUUCAUGCAACUGGCCUCAGCCCAUCAAUCCAGCCUGUCCAGACCCCUCUGCAGAGCCUUCCUGCCCUCAAGUAGAGCAACACUCCCAUCCAACUUGGUGUUAUCAAAGAUGUCCCUGCUCUUGGCAGGGAGGCUGGACUGGAUGACCUGUAAAGGUCCCUUCCAAUCCAGCUCUUCAUAUAUGAAGAGUAAGGUGUCUUGUUGCUGUGCAUAAAACUCAACACACAAAACUUGCUGUUGAGCAGUGCUGCAGGUUUUUUUGGCAAGUAAUACAAGAUAUUUACCCCAAAGCACCGCGUCCUGCACCUGCAACCACCUGACAUCAAAAUGAAUUCUAGGGUGAGGUUCCCUUUGUUUUGCUUCCUUGGGCACAUCCAUGCUCCCACUUUCAGCCUGCUUCUUGUGGCAGGUAGGAGUGUGCAUCUGCUUCCUCAGGCAGCAUCCUGGGCCUCUGGCAGCAGCACAGACAGAGUUCAGAAAUAUGGACUGUCUGGGGCACAGGUGUUACUUGUGAAAACACAGUGACAUGUCAGGACCAUUAACAUUGCAGAGAGAUGAAUAUGGGACAGGAAGUCUCUCAGCCUGGCUAUGACAAAAAGCUGAUAAAAAUUUCAUAGUUGCUGGUUGCUGGGCACUAGCUCAGCAAGUCUCUCUCCUGGGUGUUUCCUUUCUCUCUGUGUUCUCCAGUCUCUGUGUUUGGCAUUAAUUGCCAAAUGAGUGUUUAUUGCUUAAUGACUUCUAAGUCCAGUUUAUGCAAUCAAGCAGUCGUAGAAAUGCAUUUCAAAAGAAAUCUAUUCCUUUUAACAGCCAUGCUGUUUUGUGUUACAUUCCCACUGAUGUUUGCUCUCUGGAGGAGAAAUGUGGAUAUAGGAAGUGUAAAAAUUAAUAUCGUUAGAAAUGUUUUUCUUUCUUUAAAGAGAGUGGACCGAGCCUCUGAGUAUGCUCUCUCUGAAGCUUUUUCCCUUCAAAAGUCAAGGUAUCCACAGAGGCCUUGGGGUCCUGUGACAAGUCUGGAAACCGCAGAACGGCUGCAAGAUCAUCAUGAGGCCCAUGAGGAAGCCCAAGAGCUGCUCAGUAAGUGGAUGAAGUCCAAACUGCAACUGGAGCUGAGUGAUGGAGAAGAGGAAGUUGACUCUGUCCUUCAGGAAGAGCCUCCUGCAGCCCCUCCGAAGUAUGAGCACUUUGAUGACUUGUGCAGCUAUCUGGAAUGUGAAAUGGAAAGUUCCUCUGUCCAGAAAUACCUUCAGCAUCUUUUGCAGAGUGAAGUUGUGAACUGUGGUAUAGCAAAACACCUUAGACUUGAAGAGAUCAAGGAAAAAAAAAACCAUGCAGAUCCACGAAUAAUCAUGGAGCUCAGACACAAGCAGGUGAAAGAAAACCGAAUGAGGCAUCAGAAGGCUUUAGAGCUUCAGAGACAAAAAGAGUCCCUGAAGAAAGCAAUUCUGUCUGAGGCCAGGCUCCAAGCACAGGAGGAGGAUAGAAGGAAGGCCCUGCAGGCUAAGAAGGAGGAGGAGGAGAUCCAGAGGCAAAUGGUGAAGCUGCGAAAGGAAAUGGCUGAGAAGAAGCACACUGUGGCAAAAGUUUGGAGAAUGGAGGGGAAGAUACAAAAAAAACCUCAGAAGCUGUCAGUGCAGGAGGUGUCUGUUACUGUGUCACCACCCCUGGUCCUGAAGAGAGAAGAGCAAGGAGAAGAGAAACAGAGAAGGACUCAGGAGCUGCUGCACAGGAUUCACAUCAGUAAGCAGAGAUGCUUGCAACGACAUUUCUCUGCUUGGCUGAAAGUCAUUCUGGAACGCAGAAUUAAAAUGGGAAAAGCCAGAGCCCUUGCUGACUGGAGAUGCCAACUGAAGGCCCUGCGAGCUUGGAGAAACUAUGCUUGGGCCCAGAAAGUAGAGCAGGAGACACAGCAAUUGGAAGUUCAUCUCCAAGAUCAAAACAGGAAAACCCAACUGGCUGUGGAGCACAACGAGCGACGGCUCCUGCGCUGCUGCUUUCUGGCCUGGCAGCGCUGGAGCCGAGCAGAGACAGAACAGCGAGAGCUGCAGAUCAAGAGGGUGCAGACAAGGAGAAAGAUGGAACAGCUGCUGGAGGCUGUGUCACGGGGGAAAGGUGGGGACAGGCCACUGGAGGUUAACAAGCCUGGGACAGCAGAAGGAAACAAUCAUCAAGAUUUACAGCAAGACAAGCCAACUGAAACUCACCUCAUACAGAAACAGCCUGACCAGACCAGAGACCAGUCUAGCUGGGAUGUUGUUCACACAUCUCAUUUCCACAGAAACCCCAAAUUUGCCUGGGAGAUUACCAUAAGACAUGCAGCCCUGAGUUCCCAGGACCAGGCUAUGUACAAGAAUCAAAUAGCCACUGUCCUCCAGCAGUUCCAGGCACUCAGUCCAAAGACCUCUCCUGCUUAUGGUAGCCGUUUUGAGCACCGUCACGCCUUCCAGCAACGUGUGAUUGAGGAGCAGAGGCAGCAGCUUCAGAAACAGCAAGAGCUGAUCCUUAAACUGCAGGAACAUCAGAAGCUGAGCAGAGAUAAAGAAGAGGCAGCACAAGCUACGGCUGUAACCCAGACGUUUAACAAUUCUGUUUCUCAAACCAGGGAGGAAAAACAAUCCAGAAGCAAGAAUACAACCCCUUUGAGCCUACCUGAUUCUCAUGGGCCAGGAAACACAAGGGCAGCAGUGCAAGGCAGGAGGCCCUCCAGCUGGCUGACCUCACCUCAUCCCAUACUGAAAGGGAUGGAGGAGAGAGCAAUUCAGCGGGCAGAACAGAAGAGGAAACUAGAAGAAGCCAAACAACGAAAAACAGAGGAAAAACUGGCCCAGCUGAAGGCUGAACAGGAAGCACGACAGAGGAAGGAAGCCGAGGAGAAGGAAGCACAGCGGGAAAAACGCCGGGAGGAGAGAAGGCAGCAGAAGCUGAAAGAACUGGAGAAGCAGAGGAGGCUGGAGAAAGAACAGCAGCUCCAGAAAAAGGCUAAAGAUCAUUAUGAGAAGGUCCUUCUCAGAAAGCUGGGAAUACUGCCAUGGAAAAGGCUGAGGGAGCAAGCCAAGGAAAAUGUAGUGGUGGCACAAAGGCAUCACAGCUUGGGCCUGCAGAGGAAAUGCCUGAUGAGUUGGCUGCAGGAUGCCCAGCAGAGUCUCAGGGAGAAGAUGUCUCGGGCUGAGGACUUCUACUCCCAAAUGUUACUGAGGCGGGGCUUCAGGAACUGGCUAAAGUACAAGGAUUAUCUCUCCACUCAGGAGGAGAGAGCAGAUACCUUCCACACAGUCUGCCUCAUGAGGAAGUACUUCUGGGCAUGGUUUGAUCAUAUCAUGGAGGAAAAAAGGGCCUUAUGGGAGAGGCUGAAGAUUGCUACUGAACACAGUAAUAAGAGACUUUCACUGAACGCAUUCAAGGCAUGGAGGCAGUACCCAUUACUGAUGAAAAAGGAAAGGGAAAGAGAAGAAAGAAGAAACCAGCUACGCAGGAGAGUAGCUGAAAUUCUCCCCAACUUCCAGACAUGACAGAAGAGAGCCAGAUGAGAUGGGAAGGAGACAACAAGACCGAUUCUCUUCAGUUCUAUCUCCCUGCUGACUGAAACAAGUCCAAGGGGAAGGCUGACCAAGUGCAGAGGGUCUUAUAUCUAAAGGGAGCUCCCUGUGGUCACUGUUGUUGUAAACAAAGCAUAGAUGGAAGCUUAUCUGACAGUUUCACUUUACACUUCAUGGAGUCGUUCCCCUCAAGCUCCUCCUUGGGGAGGACCCCACAAGCCUCCGUAGGGGUGUCUUGGCUGGUGGCUAUGAACCCCAGAUAACCAAAGCCUAGCACGGGGUGUGUUUGAGGCUAAGGCCAUUUCCACAUGCAGAGCUGCAGCACUGACAUGAAUCUUCCUUCAUCCAAGGAAGCACAGAACUGAACUUCAUCUCUUUUUCCCUAAGCAGUAGCCCAGUGCUUUUCUGUUGGCAGUACUCUGGUGACAGCUUGUUCAGAGAGCAGACAGACCUGACUGUCAGCUGACCCCUAAACACUGCUAUGAACUUGGCCACCCAGAGCACAGUUUCUAGCUAACUGAGCCAGGAAAGUUUGGAUUAGAGGAGGUGAGGGAAGAGCUGUUUAUGCAAACCGUAUUUGCUAAUGAUCCAGAUCACAGCACUGCAUAUGGACAAUCUAAAACCUGGGUUCUUUUGCAAGAGACUGCCUUGUUUGCAGCACUGGCCAGCUCACAAACACAGUGCUUUGAUUUUGGCAUCAAGCGGUGAUCCCAAGUUUAUGAGCCUCAAUUAUCUUGUCAUUUAAACACUUCCCAAGCUGUUUAAUAUUUCAGGGUAUAUUGUGCAAGUCUGUCUGGGCUGUUUCACUUGAUCCAGUACUUCAAAGAAAAAAAGAUAAAACUCCAAGAAAAAGGCAGAUUGUAGCUUUUACAUAAGCUAGAGCUGACAUGAUUAAAAUGCAAGUUUCAUACCUCUGUUUAACCUUAACCUGCAGCAUAAUGCAGACAGGGUAAUGCUGUUCAAGUACAGUAUGUCUUAGGAACAACUUACGGCAGGAAGCUAGAAUCACUUCCGUCUCACAGCCAGAUAGGCAAAGUUCUCCAAAAGCAUUUGGCAGUACAGGAAGUACUUGAGUAACACCAGGAAGACAACAAUAACAGUUUACUGUUAUCUUGUAACAGAUCAUUUGUAAAACCCAUAUAUGCACUGAAAAUUUCCAAUAAACCAAAAUGUGAAAC